AUGUUUAAAAAUGAAAAUUGUUUUAAAUGUUGUCACACUGGUAAAGUUGCAUUAGAUAAUCUGUCUCCUUACCCUCAGCAGCUUAGGGAUUUAUUAACAAAUACAGAUACUGUUCAGGCAAAAAUCGUUCAGGCAAAUAUACGUAAGUAUAAUAGUGCCGUUGCAUUUGCUUCUUUUGGACCAAACCUUCGCCUCCCACCUGGCCUUCGCCUCCCACCCACCUCCCACCAUGCUUUUGUUUCCGUGGUCAAAUAUGGCAUCGUGUUGGGGGACUUCACCCUCCUGAAGGUCAAACCCCUAUUUUUAACCAACUUUAUAUUUAUGAAGCAGGUAGGGCACAUAACGAAAGAAUGGCACGCCAAGAAAAUAAUGGCUGUCGUGAAGAUGUGAUGCAAACUGUUCAAGAUGUCAUGGACAAAGUAAGUCCCCUUGCUGAUGCCUAUAUUACAUGGCUGAAGUUGAAGCUGGAGAAUUAAAACAUGUAGCAGCACAAAAUCGUGCUCCAUCUGAAGUACGUAUGUACCUGAGGGUUGGCAAUGACCGAAGGCGCUACAACUUGCCACAUCAUGAUGAAGUUGUUGCAGUAUUUGUUGGGCAAGACGGAGCACCUCCUGGAAACAGGGAUGUUGUUAUCUAUCCGCGUGAAGGUGAUUUGCAGAAUAUUUCCACAAUGGAUGCAAACUUGGAGCCAAUGGUGUAUCCUCUUUUUUCCAAGGGGUGAACCAGGUUGGCAUAAUAGGAUACCUCAUGUUGCUGUACGUGCAACCGGUACUCGCAACACUACUACAAUAUUGCAGUAUUAUACUUACCGUUUAGCUGCUCUGGAAUAUUUCAGCCCGAUUCAUUAUGGUAAGAAAUUGUUUCAGCAGUAUUGUGUUGAUUCUUAUGUUAAAGUUGAAGGUAAUAAUUUAAAUUACAUUCGAGCGAAUCAAACCAUUCUUCGUGUUGAUAGUUCUGAAUGUUUAGCUGACCAUUUGAAUUCACCAGUCGAAAAGCAAGGCUUUCAACCAGGUCGUAUUGUUGUUCUUCCUUCGAGUUUUCAAGGAAGUCCAUGUGGCAUGGCUCAAAGCUAUCAAGAUGCUAUGACCGUCAUUGAUCCCAAUGACAAACUUAGGGAUGCAGAUGACAUACACAGUGUUAUUUCAGCAAAAAUUCCAAAUCAACAGGAACACACUGAGCUGUUUGAAAUGGUACGAUCAUGUAUGAUUCAUAGACCAUGUGGACAUCUAAAUCCUAAUUCCAGAUGUAUGGAAGAUGGUGUUUGCACUAAAAGUUUUCCAAAGAACCUUUUAGCAUCUAUGGUAGCUGAAGUCAACGGGUAUCCAUUAUAUAGACGUCGUGAUAAUGGUAUACAUAUCAAUGUCAAUAAUGUUGACAUAGAUAAUCGCUGGAUUGUUCCAUAUAAUAUCCAUGGCUUUCCAAGAAAUACAAUGCGCAUAUAAGCUUGGGGGCGUGUAUGUCGGUUAAAUCUGUUAAAUACCUUCAUAAAAUUUUUAUACAGGUCAUGAUUGUGCCAUUAUUGAGAUCAAUGAACGUAUUGAUCAUGAUGAGGUGCAGACAUUUUUAGAUGCGCGGUAUGUCAGUGCACCGGAAGCAGUAUGGCGUCUUUUUGAAUUUUACAUGCACCAACAAUCACAUGUUGUCCAUAGAUUAACAGUACACUUGCCAAAUAACCAUAUUGUUUAUUUUCAGCAAGAACACGCUGAAGAGGCUGUAGACAGAGCUGCAGAUCAGGCUACAAAAUUAACAGCUUGUUUUGUGUUAAAUGCAGAGAAUCCUGAUGCUCGCCAAUAUAUGUAUCCAGAUAUUCCUCUUCAUUUUAUUUUCAAUAAGAAAGUUUGGAAGCCAAGACAACGUGGUCAUGGUAAAAUUGCAUCCAGAAUGUAUAAUGUAAGUGCUCGCGCAGGUGAGCGUUUUUAUUUCCGUGUGUUGUUAUUAUAUACACUCAGUGCAACUUCUUUUGAAGAUUUACGAACUGUCAAUGGCAAUGUUGCUGAAACAUUUUGUGAUGCCUGUUUAUUGCGUGGUUAACUUCAGAUGCCUCGACAAUUAGGGCAAUUGUUUGCGGUGUUACUCACUGUGAACCUUCUGAUCCUCUAACUUUGUGGACAAGGUACUAGGAUGCAAUGUAUGUAGAUUAUAUACGCCAAAUGAAUGAGGAGCAGGGUGAGUACAGGCUGCUUUAAGAUAAUAAUUCUGUGCUUAGGCAUUUUGUUAAAUCUCUCACUAAUUAUAAUCUUCCUCACUUAGAUGAAUUACCCCCAACUGGAAACGUUGAUGUAGUUAUGGAGGCUGAAAGAGCUUCCUAGCUAAGAGCUCAACUUACUGACGAACAGACUACGCUGGCUAAUGCAGUCAUAGAAGCUGUUGUAAAUGUUGCUAACAAUGCAGCCCAAAACAACUGUCUGUUUUAUUUAGAAGGUGCUGGUGGUAGUGGUAAAACCUUUACUUAUAAUUAUCUUAUUACUGAACUUACAAGUAGAGGUUUCCAAGUUGGAACUACUGCGUUUACUGGCAUAGCAGCAACACUUUUAAAAAAGGCUACCACCAUUCAUAGACUAUUCCGGUUACCUGUUCCCACUUUAGAGAACAGUACAUGCAGCAUAACCCCGGUUUCUGCUCAUGCUGCAGAAUUGCGACAAGAGAGUUUCUUUUUACUUGACAAAGCUUCCAUGAUUCCUAAACAUGCUUCCAAUGCAAUAGAUGGUCUUCUACAAGAUAUUUUCAAUAAUGACUUUCUAUUUGGAGGUAAAGUUAUUUUUUUAGGUGGUGAUUCUUCACAGUUACUGCCUGUUGUCAGAAAAGGAAAACUAACUGAAAUUAUGGACAUGCGUUUAAAACGUUCUCCAUUAUGGUACUUAGUUAGAGAAUUUUGAUUACGUCGAAACAUGAGAACAAGGCCAGAAGAACAACAAUUUGCUGCAUGGCUUCUGCAACUUGUGAAAGGUGUAUUACCUGUUCGGGAGCAAGAACCUUUCCAAGGUGCAAUUGAAAUGCCAUCCCAAUGUGUGAUACAAAAUGAAUGUAUUGUUAUACUUUGUUUAGGGAUCUUUCACCAGAAAUUAUGGCCUCAUCUGUGGUACUAACACCCACAAAUGAUGACUCACUUAUUAUUAAAGACUAGUCGUUAGCCCGUGGAAAAAUCCACGGGGUCGCCCGUCCUUUAAAUUAACCCGUUUCAACAAAGUGGACAGUAAUAUAUCGCAUUUGGUAUUGACGCGCAUUUUGAAAAUUUCGUGUUUCCGUUACGGGACACGGCUUUCGCGGACACAGACAGACAGACAGACGACGGCUAUUAUUAAAGAGAUCAGGUAUUGGCGCUGUUGCCUGGUGAAGAAAAAGUUUAUUUUAGUGCAGAUGAUGUGUGUGAUGAGGAGGAGGAACGGAAUCAAUAUGCAGUAGAAUUUUAAAUAGUAUUCCACCUUCAGGUAUGCCUCCAAAUUUAAAACUGGUCUCAUUGUUGUGUUAUUAAGAAACAUAAACAUAAAUAAUGGUUUAUGUAAUGGCACUCUCCUAGUUAUAAGACGUCUUCAUGACAACUGUGUUCAUGCUGAAGUACUCACUGGAAAUGCCAUUGGAGAUAGGGUACUUAUUCCAAUUUACGUCGCAGACAGCUUCCACUAAGGCUGUCUUAUGCUAUGACAAUAAUUAAAGCACAAGGUCAAACCUUUGAAAAGGUUGGGAUAUUGUUGUUCAGCCCAUGUUUUUCUCAUAGUCAGCUGUAUGUUGCUUUUUCUAGAGCAAGAGCAUUUGGUGAUGUUCGAGCAAGUGUUGUUCCCUUAUCCAGGCAAUGGUCUUUUAAUAGGGAAUGUUAUACUCAAAAUGUGGUUUACCGUCAGGUUCUUACAUAGUUUAUUCAACAAUUGUGUUGUAGUAUAUAAUGCAAAUUUAAAAUAAACAAAAUUGAUAAUUUUCUAUUUAUAUCUAUCCGCCGUGUUGUGCGAAAUGUACUGCCAACAUGAGAAUAGCGUGCACUGUUGAUGGGGGUAAAUGUUCCUAUUCGCUGCACCCAUGUCUUAUACAUUUAUAAGGCGCAUCAGAAUAAUUAGGGUUCGUCAGUAUCCUAAAAUCAGAGGGGGAGGUUUAUAUCUGAUAAGGGAAGUCUUGGAAAAUAAAAUAGUAUUAUCUUUUGACUAUGUUAAGCAGGAUAGUAAUUUCGUAUUUACAUUUAAAAACAGUGAAUUUAGGAAAAGUGAUGGUACUACUCUUUUGCGGAUAUUUAUUUUGGCUUUUUCAAACUUAUUGUAUGCCAAAACUAUGUUGUGAAUCCUAAAAGUACAGUAGUGACGCAUUUUAUUUAAACGUUGUGUUGCACAUGCAUCUCUUUUUCUUUUAUGUGAAGGGCAAAGUUCUAUGGCUUACCUUCACGUGGAGCACUUUGUUAAAUGAUUUAAAAAUGAUUUAUCAUGAAGUAAAGAUUAAGAAAAGAAAUUUGCAACAUGAAUUAUUUCUUAAGUCCGCUUUCUCGUACAUUUUGCAACAUAAAUUAUUGCACUGUAAGGCUGUGCAAAAUUUUGUGCAGUAUUUCUUAUCAAACUACCUUUAAAUCUUUUUAUAUCAGUACAAACAAAAAACACUUAGAAACCUUUUUGCGAUAUGAAAUGAUUGUGGCUUUACUCAUUUUUUGAACAUGAGGAAACAUUAAAAUAAGGUUGCUAUAUCUUAUUGUGUGCUAGGCAUGAUGUGUUCUAACAACUUUAAAAAUAAUAUGUAUAAGUUCAAAAAUUAUCUUUUUACAGUGAACAAAAAUGGAAAAGUACAAUCGUUUUUAUCCGAAUGUAGCCGAAAACCAAAAAAGUCUAAUAUGUUAAGUUUUCUGACGUUACGGCGCGACGUCAAUAACACUACUUUAACGUCAAUAUCCUAUAUUAAAUUAAUGAAGCCAUUACAAGCAUCUAAAACUUUGAGGCCAAAUAACUUGGACACAGGGUGGUGACGUCAAUGAUUUUUCACUGCGUGGGUAACUACAACCCUCCACAAAAUUAGUGAGACAAACAGCCCCCUUCCCCUAUUUCAGUGUUGUAACCCCGUUUUUGGAGAAAGGGCAUCUGAGACAGUAUCUGCUGAACUCCUUCUGUGUCUGCAACAUUGACAGAAGGGGGAGGGAGGAAAAAGGAGAUUUCGAUACUAAGGGACAUUUUCGCGCUGAAAACCUACUUGUCUGACGUAAUUUUGUAGAAGUUUGUAGGGACCACUUAGUUACCCACGGGUGAUUGGGUAAUUUUUCCAACUCUUGGUCCCCAAAUCCGUUUUGGAAUGGACGGGUUGAUGACGUCAUCAAAAAACCUUUAAACCCCUAUAUCUCGUUACCGCUCAUCAAAAGCACAUAAUCAUGCUAACCCGUUAGAGUUACUGACUAAUUCUGAUGGCGAUAAAUCUCUCUGUUUGAUGCUGGUGGGGUUCUCGAUUGAGUGUCAUAUAGGACACUCCAUUUCCAUAUAUGAGGUAAAACUUUAGAAAAUCGAAGAUUUGCAUGCCGAAACUUCAGCAAAUGCAUGAUGUUUACGUUGAGGUUGUUUUUCACCAUUUUUGAUUAAAUAUUCACGGCAUGUGCUACUAAACCCAGGGUCAACACAUUCAACUGUCGCUAUGCCUAACAUGGUUCCCGUAGACAAUGCGGUACUUAAAGUCAAAUUUCAGCUCCCUGCACUGAGCACAAAAUGUCCCAUUUUUUUUUGUCAAGCCAGUUACUUUCAUCUUUGUGUGCUCAUGUACUAAGUCCACCCUCGUUGUGUCAAAUGUCGUCGGAUUUGACAGAGACCUUUUUUGCGCGUGCGUCAAUUUUUGAUGACGUCAAUAGAUUCCAAGGAAUUCUCUUUUUUUGCGCGUGCGUCAUAUUUUGAUGAUGCCAACAGAUAAUACUUAGGGGAGUGCUGCGGAAGGUCUUUGAAGCACGGACUUGACCCUAAAAUUUUACUGUACUUUGUAGCAUCCCCUUCUUCUACUAUCCUGCAAUAAAGGGGACAUCAAGUUUGGCAAUUUGGCUGGAAGCCUGUGCUUGUGCAAUAGCUCAUUUGCCAUUUUCAGUACUCAUUGACGUGUUGCGCUGAGAAUUUAUAGUUAACAAAAUGUCAUGGACCCACUUUCAAUUCUUGAACUUCCCAGAGCAAUAAGUUUUGAGGACACUAUAUCUUUACAUUGGGAGUCUUAUGGACAAAAUAUAAUUAUUCGUUUGGGAAUAUGUUAACUUGUUUUAUGCUGACUUUUAUUACCAUAUUUGGUUGGUUUAUUAAUAAAAUGUAUUUACUGAUGAUAGCCGCGGAAACGGUCGAAAGUUCUAGUAAAAAAUAAUUCAAAAACAACUUUGUUUCUGUUUAUACAGGUUAUUUCAUGUUUUCUUUAAAGUUUUUACCAUUUGCUAGAAAUGGAGGUGAUUGAUUGUUCUUUGGUUUGCUAUAAUGACCUUAAACAG